AUAAUAAGAAGAAAAAGUUGAUCCUGGUCCUCUGUUGGAAAAUCACAUUCUUGCCAUCAUCAAAUACAGAAAGAAAAUAAUAAUAGCUGGAAGCUUCUUUGGGUAGAAAUUACCCGGAUCUGUCCUUUUUGAACAUCGCCCUCAGAUUAUCGGCGACGAUCUUCGAUCAAAUUACCGGGUAGUGAAAGAAAAAAAGAGGGUUUUUGAUUAUCAGAAUAAGACAAUUGGAAAGAUGAGUCAGGUUUUUGAAGGGUACGAGCGUCAAUAUUGCGAAAUUUCAGCAAAUUUGACUCGGAAAUGUGCCUCUGCUGGUCUUCUCAAUGGAGAGCAGAAGAAGCAGAAAAUAUCAGAAAUGAAAAGUGGUUUGGAAGAAGCUGAAUCACUGAUCCGGAAAAUGGACCUGGAGGCCAGAGCACUGCAGCCGAAUGUGAAGGCUAUGUUACUUACCAAGCUUAGAGAGUACAAAAAUGACCUAAACAACUUGAAAUCUGAGAUCAAAAGACUCUCUUCUACUGAUAGUCAAGCUGCUCGAGAUGCAUUGCUGGAAUCUGGCAUGGCCGAUGCACUGAUGGCUUCUGCUGAUCAAAGAGGGCGGCUAUUGAUGUCAACAGAGAGAUUGAAUCAGUCCACUGACAGGGUCAGACAGAGUAGAAUGACCAUGCAGGAAACUGAAGCUAUUGGGGUUUCUAUUCUUGAAGAUUUGCAUCAGCAACGCCAAUCGCUUUUGCAUGCUCAUAAUACACUUCACGGGGUUGACGAGAAUGUUGGCAGAAGCAAGAAAAUUCUGAGUGCAAUGUCAAGGAGAAUGAAUAAGAACAAAUUGGUUAUUGGUUCAAUUAUCACAGUACUGGUUCUUGUAAUCAUUUUGAUCGUUUACUUCAAGUUGAGGCAUUAGUUUCUCAACCCGGUUUUCAAAAAUCUGUAAAACUUGGCAACUCAUCAUGGUGGCAAUCUGAUUGUUAUUAUCUUCUGUGUGAUCAAUCAUUGUAUAAUUGUUCUCAAGUUACUUUGUUCAUCAAUUCAUAUUUAUGUGUUUGCCACUUAA